AUGGGGCGGGAUGUGUUUGCAGAGGGUGCGGACCACCCCCUCAUAGCCCAGCGCGCACGCCGCGAGCAGCGCCGUGCGGCGGGCGUGAAUCGACACCUUCGCGAAGGCGGUGGCGUCGUCCGAAAGAAGCAGGGCGGAGUGCGGGGAGAUGCAAAGAAGGUCCGCCGCGAUCCGCGGCAGGCGAUAGGCCAGGGCGGCGCAAAGGGGGGAUAG